AUGUGGCUUAACGUUGUUGUUCUUCUCUUUGCAACAAUCGCAUUUUCCCUUUAUAACUCAGCAGUUUCUCUUAACCGUAGUAGUUUUCCAUCUGAUUUCCUGUUUGGAACAGCCUCUUCAGCUUACCAGUAUGAAGGUGCUGCUCAUGAAGGUGGCAAAGGACCAAGCAUAUGGGACACGUUCACUCAUAGCCACCCAGAUAGAAUCGCAGACCGCAGUAAUGGGGAUGUUGCCGUUGAUUCAUACCACCGCUACAAGGAAGAUGUGGCCAUGAUGAAGGAUAUCGGAUUUAACGCCUACAGGUUUUCCAUCGCGUGGUCUAGAAUACUUCCUCGUGGAAAUCUAAAGGGAGGAAUUAACCAAGAAGGCGUCAUAUAUUACAACAAUCUCAUAAAUGAACUGAUAACAAAUGGACAAAAGCCUUUUAUAACUCUAUUUCACUCUGAUCUUCCUCAAGCUCUUGAAGAUGAAUAUGGUGGUUUUUUGAGUCCCAAAAUCGAGCAAGAUUUCGCAGAUUAUGCCGAAGUAUGCUUUAGAGAAUUUGGCGACAGAGUGAAGCAUUGGAUUACAUUGAAUGAGCCAUUGCUUUAUAGCACCGGAGGAUAUGGAAAUGGAGGAUCCCCACCCUCAAGGUGCUCUAAAUGGGUAGCUAACUGCAAUGCCGGCGAUUCUAGUACCGAGCCGUAUGUAGUUACACACCACCUCAUUCUCGCUCAUGCCGCAGCCGUGAAAGUCUAUAGGGCGAAGUUUCAGAAUACUCAGAAGGGUCAAAUCGGAGUAACACUAAAUUCUGCAUGGCUUGUGCCACUAUCCCAAUCAAAAGCGGACAGAGAUGCAGCAUCUCGCGGUCUUGAUUUUAUGUAUGGAUGGUUCAUGGAACCCUUGAAUUCUGGUACAUAUCCUGCUACAAUAGUUAACAAAGUCAAGGAACGUUUGCCGAGGUUUUCGAGAAGUCAAUCCUUAAUGGUCAAAGGAUCCUUCGAUUUCGUAGGUUUAAACUAUUACACUUCAACUUAUGCAACCGAUAUACCUUGCCAGGGUGGAAAGCCGUCGGUUUUUACCGACAGUUGUGUUAGAUUUACUAGUGUAAGAAACGGACUUCUCAUCGGUCCAAAGGCUGCUUCGGAUUGGCUCUACGUCUAUCCACCGGGAAUUCAAGGACUACUACAAUACACGAAGGAGAAAUUCAACAAUCCAAUUAUUUACAUAACAGAAAAUGGAAUUGACGAGGUUGAUGAUGGAAAAAGGUCACUUAAUGAUAUAGCGAGGAUAGACUAUAUUAGUCACCAUCUAUUGUUUCUUCAAAAGGCCGUAAUGAAUGGCGUGAGGGUGAAGGGAUACUUUGCGUGGUCGUUGUUGGAUAAUUUUGAAUGGAAUUCCGGCUACACGCUCCGGUUUGGACUCGUGUAUGUAGAUUACAAGAACGGACUGCGAAGGUACCGGAAAAGGUCUGCCUUGUGGUUCAAGUUAUUUCUCCGCAAAUGA